GGGGGUGACUGAUUAAAUUAAAUAGAUUGUGGCGGCCAUCGGACGAGUCGUGGCUGGUGCUGGUGGCCCCAAUAGCUUAUUUGGUUCCGGGGCUAGUGACGUUGUUUGGUACCACAAACCAUCGUCUUCUUAACUUCAAGAUACACACAACAAAGAAUAUGAUGAAGACAUCCAACGUCAUUGUCCCAAACUAAACCAGUUUUUGGUCCCUCCAUCACCAGUCCAUUGCAAAUCUCACCCGCUGGCGUCAAGUGUACUAGAAGGCGUACAAUCGCCCAUUGUUGAAGAAUAUAUAUAUUAAUGUCCGUCGGAUGUCUACGCCCUCAAUAACAUCUAUUCGUGAACUACACAUAUUGCAUCCCAAAGCUGAUUAUACGCUGUUCGAGAAACAUUGAUCUUCUACAUCAUAGCACCCCACAAUGUCGCAUCUCCUUCACAAGGUCAAAGAUGUCGUGACUGGUCAUCACCACGAUUCCAAGGAGCAUCGUAAUCAGGCUGGAAAUUUUAAUGCUAGAAAACAGGAAUCAGAUACUGGCUAUGGAUCUAGGCCCGCCGAUAAGUACGGGUCCAAUACCAGCGACUACGGUUCUCAAGAAUAUGGAUCUCAGGCGGGUGCGGGCAGCUAUGACUCCAGUACCAACACAUACGUAUCUCAAACUGGCCAGGGCAGCUACGGAUCCAACACUACUAGUUACGGCAAGCCUAACAUAGGCACUUAUGGGCCUGGUGUUGGUGAGUAUGGCUCCCAUUCAACCGCGGGUAACUAUGGGUCUGGCGCUGGAGAGUAUGGCCCUCGCCCUAAUGCUGGCAGUUAUGAAACCAGCGCUGGGGAGUAUGGCCCUCAGGCAGGCACUGGCGGCUAUGGUGGUUCUGGAUCUGGCCCUGGCCAUUAUAGUUCAGGCACAGACUCUUAUGGUUCCCCUGGUGGUGCACCAGGAGGCAGCAGCUACAACACGCCUGGAUCCGGCAUCAGCCAGCACAGUGAAGGUGCUUAUGGUCAUGAUCCGAGUAAACUGGGCUCUUGUACUCGUGAGUCAGAUAACCGAUACCCUGCAGGCGGGACACAGCGUAGCCAAUGGUAAGCAAUGUACAAUGAUAGGUGUGUAUCUGCGCUGGUGAAGUUGUUCCCUGGAUCGAAUUUGCCAAGUAAAUUUCCUGCUGUCUUGCCAUAAUC